UCAUCAAACUGAAGCAUAUUUAAAGUGUUAAAUUUGGAGGAAUGAAAACGGCUGAAUAUCGAUUUUUUCUUCGUUAAAACAUUCAUUGAGCAAAAUAAUGUUCAUGUCUAGUCGUUUCGAAUCGCUUUCGAAAAAUGUUCAUCGAUUAAGUGUAAUAUUUUUGAUCGCUCAUAUAUCAAUUACAAAUGGCCAAUCGAACUUUUAUCGAAUAAAAAAACCACCAAUCGAGUCACCAUGGGGUGGUUCACCCAGUGCAAGAUUUUUGUCUUUGUUUACUAUUUACCAAUGGAAUAAUGGACUAUGCACUGCGGCAUCUGGCGAAUAUGGAAUGUGUUUGCCUGAGAAUGAUUGUAUUGGACGGCGUGGCAUAAUUGGUGGACCAUGUGCUCAAGGUUAUGGCAUUUGUUGUGUUUUUAUGGCUUCUUGUGGUGAAAUGGUUCGCGAAAAUGGUACAUAUUUUGUAAAUCCGAAUCAUCCCAAUCAAUAUGAAGCAACCGGAAGUUGUCAAUUAACUGUGUUGAAAGCAAAUUCAAAUAUUUGCCAAAUUCGAUUAGAUUUGGAGCAUUUCUCAAUUGCUGGCCCGGAGCAAUUAAAUCAUGUAUGUAAUACGGAUCAAUUUUUAGUUUCGGGCGGAAGUCCUGUACCCACAAUUUGCGGAAACUCAAUAGGCGAACACAUGUAUAUUGAUACUGGUGUCGGUGAUUCGAAUCCGGUGAUGCUAACACUGAUCACAAGUGGUGCGCCCUUUCCGAGAUUGUGGCGCAUUCGAAUUUCACAAAUAGAAUGCAGCAGUAUAUCUCGAGCAGAUCCGGGCUGCUUACAAUACCAUACAGGCAUUUAUGGUCGUGUUAAAAGCUUCAAUUUUGACUUCAAUGUUGGCAGCCAAUUGUCAAAUCAAGAUUACUCCAUAUGUAUAAGAACGGAGCGGAAUUUCUGUAGCGUACAGUAUACAGCGUGUGCAGACACAAACUCAAAUAGAUCACGAUCCUUUACACUGAGCGGUAACUCAAAUACGGCGGUUAACUCAAUGGUUGGUGGUGGCUCACAAGGCACUCCAAAUGCGUGCGUAAAUGACUGGUUACUAAUAGGUUGUGCUCGUGUGGCAGAUCGAUUACCACCAUCGAAUACGUGCGAAGACCGCAUAUGCGGUGGAACAUUUAAUGCCGAAAUCAGUGCAAUGGAGAAAACUGUUACUAGCAGUGUGAGACCUUUUCGUUUGGCUUUUCAUAGUGAUGCAGUCGAAGCACCAAAUGACAUAGAUAACAAAGGCUUUUGCUUAGAUUAUGUCCAACAACCAUGCACAAAUGGUUGAAUUGAAGAAAAAACACAACAAUAAGAUGUGUAAUUAAAUCGAAAACAAAACGAAAUUUAUUAACUGUG